AUGAAAGACCUUGGAAAAACCAAAUAUUGUCUUGGUUUACAAAUUGAACAUAUGAGCAAUGGAAUACUUGUGCAUCAAACGAAUUAUACCGAAAAGCUGUUGAAACGUUUCAAUAUAGACAAGGCAAAUCCUUUAAGCACUCCAAUGGUCGUAAGAUCACUUAAUGUCGAAAAUGAUCCAUUUCAUCCUUGUGAGGACAACGAAGAAGUUCUUGGUCCAGAAGUACCAUACCUCAGUGCAAUUGGAGCACUUAUGUAUCUUACGAAUUGUACGAGACCUGACAUUUCUUUUGCAGUGAAAUUGUUAGCAAGAUUUAGUUCAGCUCCUACUAAAAGGCACUGGAAUGGGAUUAAACAUAUUUUUCGAUAUCUUCGAGGCACUGUUGAUUUAGGCUUGUUUUAUCCUAACGAUUCAAAAGAAGGGUUAGUUGGUUAUGCAGAUGCAGGUUAUUUAUCUGAUCCUCAUAAAGCAAAAUCUCAAACUGGAUAUGUAUUUAUGAACGGAGGAACUGUGAUUUCAUGGCGUUCUCAGAAACAAACACUUGUCGCAACAUCCUAA